AUGUCUGCACCAGGUGGGGCCCCGAGCCCUGUGCCGCGAAGUGGAAGCAUGGGACCCGGUGGAAUGUCAAUGCCUCAGCAGUCGAUGGGUGGUGCUACGACCCCAGUUGCGCCGACGCCGGGUCCCCCUCCACCUCCUCCAAGUGGAGCGAUGUCGCAGCAGAAUUUGAAUCAGAUAGUCAUCGACUACCUGGCCAAGAAAGGCUAUAGCCGUACUGAGGCCAUGCUCCGCAUGGAAUCAGCUAAUCAGGAAAUCGAUGGACGUCCUUUACCUCCCCUUGGAGAAGAUGCACGUCCCAAGUAUAGGCUUGGUUUCGAUCUGCUCAAGGUCUGGGUUGAAGACAACCUGGAUUUAUAUAAGCCGGAGCUUAGACGCGUUCUUUGGCCGCUCUUUGUCUACUCUUUUCUCAACAUGGUCACCUCUUUUUAUCCUCAAGAUGCGAAGCAGUUUUUUGACGUUAACAAGAACCUCUUCCUGCCCGAACACACUGAAGAUGUGCGCGCCUUAGAGCCAAUCGCUCUACCAGAGCAUGUCCAGAACAGCUCGACGGCUAAACUGUACCGCGGAAACAAAUACCGCAUUGUUCUUAGCAAUCCAGCAUUCUCAAACCUGAUGCAAUUCCUCGAGAGCAAGCAAAAGGAAGGCGGCUCUGUCAUGUCGGCCAUUCUCAGCAGCUACUGCACUGUUAUUACUAAGGAGCGUGCCGUCGAUGACAGAUUUAGCUUCGCUGCCAUGCUGGGUCAAGCCGGCGCGGGCCAGACGUUUCCUACCGAAGACGAAGGUAUACCUGGUCACCAUCCUGGUUCUGCCUAUACAGGAGAUAAUCCGGCUAUGGCCGGAACCUUGCCUAGGCUCAGGCUUGGAAAGCUUCCGAUGGAACAGAACCUCGAAACCGACGUCAGAGGCGAGCUUGCCGACGAAGAUGUUAAGAACCCACCGGCCCCGGGUCAGAAUACUCUCGUCCAGGAAUUUGAUCAUAUGAUUAAAAAGGAGGAUGAGGACGAAGCCCCAACUCGCGCUGACAUUCCUUAUCCGCCAUCAACAGCUCGUGACGUGGCGAUGGAGGUUCAGAAAGUCAAAGAGAACCGCGAUAGAUUUCGGAUAGAAGGAAGAACCGGUGGUGUUGGACCAGCUGUCAGCGUUUGCAUGUUUACGUUCCACAAUACUUAUGACGGGAUUAAUUGCCUCGACUUUUCGGAUGACAAUAUGCUCGUUGCAGCUGGCAUGCAAGAGUCUUAUAUUCGUGUCUGGAGCCUAGACGGAAAGAGGAUUCCAUCAACCUAUGAGAGUAUAGAUGAUGCACCGUCAAAUUCUCGCCGCCUUAUUGGACACUCCGGGCCGGUGUAUGCUGUAGCAUUCGCUCCGUCCACCACACGCACGGAUAACGCCAUAGCACCAACAAAUGUUCGCUGGCUUCUUUCGUCUUCGGCAGACAAGACCAUUAGGCUUUGGUCUUUGGAUCUAUGGCAGUGCAUGGUCGUGUAUAAGGGACAUGACGAACCCGUCUGGGAUCUUCAGUGGGGCCCCUAUGGCCACUAUUUUGCCUCCGGAGGCCAUGAUAAAACUGCUCGUCUCUGGGUUACGGACCAUAUCCGUCAGCAACGUAUCUUCGUGGGACAUGACCAAGAUGUGGACUGCAUCUGCUUCCACCCGAACUCUGCCUACAUCUUUACUGGUAGCUCAGACCAUACGGUACGCAUGUGGGCUGUGACUACGGGUAAUGCAGUUCGUAUGUUCACCGGUCACACCGGUAACAUUACAGCCCUUGCAUGUAGCCGAGAUGGGAAGCUUCUCGCGUCCGCAGAUGAUCAUGGAUCUAUUCUUCUGUGGGAUCUCGCACCCGGGAGACUGCUGAAGCGCAUGCGUGGUCACGGAAAGGGCGGAAUCUGGUCUCUAAGCUGGAGCGUGGAGUCCACUGUCCUGGUGUCCGGUGGCGCUGAUGGAACAGUCCGCGUGUGGGAUGUCACUGGCCCCGCCCACGAGUCCACGCAAGGACGUGUGGUUGGCGAGGGUGGUGCAGGAACUAAGGUCGAUGGAGGUAGUGCUCCAACCGCCGGCACACAAGCUUCAAGCUCCGUUGCUCCCAAGAAGAAAGGUAAAGAUGUGGUAGUCACACCGGACCAAAUCAGCGCCUUCCCGACCAAGAAGAGCCCCGUCUACAAAGUGAAAUUCACCAACAUGAAUCUGAUCAUUGCUGGAGGCGCUUAUCUCCCUUAA